AUGCCCGGUAAAAUUCCACAAAUGGACUGGUCCAAACCGGACCAGUCAGAAUCAUUUAAGUUGUUUAAACAGAAUAUGGAAAUAUUCUGUGAAGAUGAAGGAAUAACGGACAAGCCAAAGAAAGCGCAGAAGAUUUUGCGGGGCAUAGGUGACGAAGGCUUACGACGCCUAAAUGCUAAACUUUCUUUGGGUAAACCUAUCAGUGGUAUCACCUUGGCUGCUGCUGUUGCUGAAGGCCGCAAACACGAGGCCAUAGUUGCUGGCCACAAGAGCAUAACGUCAGCACUCACGCAAGAAUCUGGCGCAGCUGCAAGGAUGGAUGUUGAUGCUGUCAAGUCGAGGCCGAGUUGCCAGCCAUGCGGCAACUGCCUGCUUCAUCACAAACCACGCCAGUGCCCUGCCUAUAAUGAUGAAUGUAAGGCCUGUGGGACUCUGGGCCACUGGGAAAAAUGUUGCAGAAAAUCGAAAAAUGGACGGAAGCCCUAUCGAAAUGCUGACCGACGUGGUAGACGUGGUAGUGGUACUGGUAGUAGAGGUAACAGGAGGCCUGUUCACGAAAUUGGCUACACAGAUGAACGAGAUUCCGACCAGAGUGACCCAGAAACACUUGGUCUACAGCAGUUCAGCUCCAUCAAAAUAUCAAGUGCGUGUUUAGAUGCACUUCGUACUGGGGUCAAGCCUGAAACAGAAGCCUACGUCAACUUGGAUGUGAGGAUCCCAGACAUAAAAGGAACGCAUCUUUUUGAGCUGAAGAUAGAUACUGGCGCAUCAGGAAACACCCUGCCUGUCCGCACAUACAAACAAAUGUAUGGGAAAACAGCUACCAAGCAGAGACUGAAACCACUUGUCAACACUGUACUCACAGCCUACAAUGGUCAGCGUAUACCCUGCUGGGGGACAAUAAUCAUAAAAUGCAGGUACAAGGACCAGCCAUUUCAGGAUGUUACCUUCUAUGUCGUUGAUGUUCCAGGGCCAGCUGUCCUAGGCCUGCCGUCAUGCCGCUCUAUGAAGCUUGUUACGAUCCACUGUGAUGCACAGAAUAUUUCAACCCUAGAGACCAAACAGGCUAAACCCAUAAAGUAUGUUGCGGAUUUGAUGAGGGCAUACCCUAACCGGUUUGAUACCAUUGGUAAUCUCGGGAAACCAGCCAAGCUACACCUGAAAGAAGAUGCUGUGCCAUUCCAAGACCCCCCACGAAAGUAUGCCAUCCACAUGAAGCCAAGACUCAAAACCGAGCUGGAUCGCAUAGAAAAGAUGGGUGUAAUCAGGAAAGUAACAGAGCACACAGAUUGGUGUUCCAGCCUAGCAUUUGCAGAAAAAUCAGAUGGCUCACUUAGAAUUUGCCUUGAUCCCCAAAAGCUCAACAAAUCACUCAAGAGAUGCCCGCACAAGAAACCCACCAUUGAAGAUAUCAACCCUGCACUAGCCAGAUGUACCGUAUUCAGCAAACUUGAUGCAAAAGCAGGAUACUGGGCCAUACCCCUGGAAGAAGAAAGCCAGCUUCUCACCACCUUCAGGACUCCAUUCGGACGGUAUUGCUGGACCCGUCUACAGUUUGGCUUGGCAGUGAGCCAAGAUAUCUUCCAGAGCAGGAUGGACGAUGUCUUAGAAGGCCUGACAUGCACCGUAGGGAUAGCAGACGACGUAAUCGUAGGAGGUGAAGGUGAUGCGCACCAUGAUAGCAAUCUGGUAGCCCUGAUGGAAAAGUCUGGACCAGCUGGUGUCGUCUUCAACAGUACAAAGUGUCUCAUUCGAAAGCCGUCGGUACCAUUCUUUGGUAAUUUGUACAGUAGUAGAGGCGUGCGACCUGAUCCCGGGAAGGUGAAAGAUAUCGCUGAGAUGCCCGUACCUCAGGACAAGGACGAUCUCCAUCGAUUCCUGGGCAUAAUGACAUACCUGAGUCCGCACAUACCAAACUACAGUGCCGAGGCAUGUAUUCUCCGUGGUCUACUGAAGAAAGACAUUCCGUUUGAGUGGUCUGAAGACCAUCAGAAACAGUUUGAGCACCUUAAAACCCUCAUCUCUAGUGACUCCACCCUGGCUUACUAUGACCCAAAGCAGCCAGUGACCCUCGAGGUUGAUGCAUCCCAGAAAGGACUCGGUGCAGCUCUACUCCAGCAUGGUCGGCCUGUUGCUUUUGCAUCCAAAGCCCUAUCAGACACUCAGUCAAGAUACUCGAACAUAGAGCCUGAAGCACUUGGUCUCGUCCAUGGCAUUGAGCGGUUUCACACAUACCUUUACGGCCGAUUUUUUACCGCUAUCACGGACCACAAGCCCCUUGAUCAGGAGAUAGAGGGUGACACGAUCAACCAAGACCUUGUCCACUGUGGAAUCUACAAACCACAGCAACUCCGUGACCUCACAAGCAGCGAUCCAGUCCUGCAGCAAUUAAGCGAGUACAUCUGGAGAGGCUGGCCAGCAAAACAGCAUGAUCUUCCAGCACCAUUAAGACAGUUCUGGUCAUACAGAGAUGAGCUAGCUAUGGAGGAUGGUAUACUGUUUAAGGGAAAGCAAGUCGUUAUUCCAGAGACACUUCGAAAAAACAUCCUCGAACAGCUCCACGAUGCUCACCAGGGCAUUGAGAAAACAAGAAGGCUGGCGAGGGAAUUGGUAUACUGGCCCAACAUUAACAAAGAUGUGGAAGAUCUUGUCUCGAAAUGCAGUACUUGCCAGGAGUACCGACCUCAAGACAAGAAGGAGCCCCUUAUCCCGCAUGAGAUUGCCAAAGGACCAUGGAUGAAAUUGGCCUUAGAUCUAUUUGAGGUUAACGGUCGUAUGUAUCUUGUCUUAGCGGACUACUUCACCAAGUACCUGAUUGUUGCAGAGAUGCCGCCACCCGUUACUUGCAAGAAAGUCAUGAAAGAAAUCCGCAGUGCCUGCAGCUUCUUCGGCCGACCAGACGAGAUCAUCAGUGACAAUGGAGGACACUACACAGGAGCCGAGAUGAAGACGUUCUGCAGUGAGUGGUCCAUUACGCACACAACCUCAUCGCCACGAUACCCGCAGAGUAAUGGUUUCAGCGAAGCUAUGGUGGAUCUUGUAAAGCGUACUAUCAAGAAAUGUACGAAGACGGGCAAAUCCUUGGAUGUAGCCAUGAUGAACCUUAGAGCCACACCUGAGUGA